CAGAAAUUAUUCCGAUGAGUUGUUGAUAAUAAUUGUCUUUUCGUUCGUUAGCCCGAUCGCAGCCGACGAGUAUUCCGAAAUAAAAUUCAUACAUAACGAGCCAAUUAUCUUUCGGCAGCAUUUCGAGCCAGACGACGACUAAUCUCCGUCUUGCUAAUCAACAAUCUUGCACCAGAACUUCCCGCGUAAUCCUAGAGCUAUGCGGCGGUUUUGUCUGACGUAAAUUGUACGUUACACCGAUCGAUCGGCGAUUGAUCCUCGAUCCGAUUCACGCCCGAUCGCACCGCCAAGUUUCAGCUCCGAAUUUUGUACCGGGCGCAUGCCUAACGCCGGGCCAUCGUCGGCGCCGAGGCCGACGUGCGGGCGCCGCAGUCGCCCAGUAGUCGGUCUCGGGGUGAUCCUCGAGACUUGGUGGGGCGUUUCUAUGGAGAAAACGCACUUAACGGUUGUCCACGCGCCGCUGCACUACAGUCCGGGUCCGUCGCUCGUUGUCCUUCUUUGAUCCAGCUACAAACUCUGGUCCCGUAUCCGAACUGCACCCUCGGUCUUCCCUUCGCCUUUCUCGUUAACUCUGCAAGGGAAAUUCAGACCUGGGUGCAACGUUAUUUUUCCCCCUAUUAAUUGCAACUAAAAAAUCAACGCAGGACGGACGGACCUUCUCAACGUCCCAUUUCCCGCAACCGCAACUUAAAUCAGUCAGGGAGAAACGUAACAAAUAAAAUAGUGUUAAGCCACGAGAUCAUCGAUCUGAAAAGAAAGGAUAUAGCGAGGGGUGUGAGUUGAAUAAAUUUGUCAGGGUGUUCGAAUAAUAAUAACAAUAAUAAUAAUAACAACAAUUGUUAUUGUUAACUCGACAUCGCUUUUUGUAUAAUGAAAGGACUGAACUACAAGUCGAUAAUGACUCGAGUAUCGAAUAGUUUCGUGGUGAGUAGUCUGAUGUUAGGGUUGGUUUUUGGAAUAUUUCCGGAGAACACGUUGGCCGGAAGUUGUCGAGAGGCGAAUUUAUGCUGCCCCGGUAGGGACUCAGCUUGCGUUGUGCAGAAAGCAUCCCCGAACGCUAUUAUAGAAGUGCCUUCCGAUCAACCUUGUUACUGCGAUCACGCGUGUCUGAAGCUAGGCGAUUGCUGUCACGAUUUCAAGGAAGCUUGCGGAGUGGUGGACUGCGCUGUCUCAGCUUGGGGUCCCUGGUCGACCUGUGACAGCGAAUGUGGCCCCGGAGCGCAGACGAGGUCCAGACUGGUGGAACGCGCCGCUGAAAACGGAGGGAAGCAUUGCCCUCAGCUCGUACAGCACAGAGGUUGCCAGGGGACGAAAUGCCACAGGCGUAAUCCGAAAUCUGCACUAAAAGAAGUGGCCCUCUUGCUGCCGGCCGAACUGAGCGAAACACGCCACGUGAACGACAGCAACGACAUCCGCAGUAAUCUCCGUCUGCGUUACCGCGACGAUCCGGAGCACGAUCCCUCAAAAGAAUAUUGUGUAACAUUCACCGUAACCAAAGCUUCGAAGGCAUGUUACAAGGAGACCGGCCUCGCGGCGCUAACGGAAGGCGCUCACGUCUGCGUCCGAUGCCAAACGCAAGCAUUGAGAUUCGUUUUGGACUGGCGAUGCGAAGGUGACGGAGGUGCCGAGGCGAUGAUAACGAGGUGGAGUAUGCUCUCCUCAGCGCAUUGCCACGGGAAAUGGCUGCGGACUUCGAAAACCGGACCGGAAUGUGACGCUUCGGCGUGCCAACCUCAGCCCCAUUUCAUCUUCGUUUAGAUUUUGUCACGUAACUAUAAACUUAUAACGUUGAUUGGAAAACCGGGUCGUAACGGGAAAUAAACAAUUGGAGGAAUAAGUUGCCUUUAUACAUAUAUCUCUGAAAGAAGACAAAUUGAAUAAAUGAAUUGACAAAUUCAUAUAAUGUCACAUGUAUGUAGGUGUACCUAUAUGUAAAUUGGGAUUUCGCUCGAUAUAUGUACAUAUAUACAUGUACGUACGUACCUAUGCCGGGGAUGGCGGGGAAAAAGGAAAGCCCGAGCUUUGCAAAACUUAAAUAUGAUGAAAAUUCUAUCUCUUAUUUGUAUUCGAAUUAAAUGAAAAAGAUUUUCAGUCACUGUGCGAAAAAAAAAAAUUGACAAUUAUCUCAUUGGAUAUUAAUAAUGAAAAAUGUAUCAACAUUUUGAGUUAUUAAAGUCAAUAUUUCUUUAAAACUAUAGUUAUAAAAAGAACAAAAAAAAUUUUUGAAGUUCUUUUUUUGGGUUAAUCAAUUUUGCCCCGCUUGCCCCUACGUAUAAAUGUUUCAUCGUCGAUCACACAUUACACAUUUACUUGUCAAAUAUCUAUUUUUUUUUCUUUCGGAUAUUCUCGAGAUUUGUAUGAAAAAAAAAAAGGAAAAUUUUAUCUAGUUUGUCGAAUUGAAUUUCCCUACUGGCGAAAUCAAAUAAAAUGAAACAGGAUUUAAUACUCGAACAGGACGUCAAUCGGAAAUAUAAUUAAUUAUUGCAAAUCGUACGAAAUACAUUAUGACGAAGUUAAAAAAAAAAAGUCAAUCUUCUUAAUUUUUUUUUUCAUCCUCAUCGCUAAUUACUGGAAAAUUUGCAGAGGUUGAAAAUUCUCGGAAAGUAUUCCGACGAUUCCGUUGAUCAGGUAUCUUAUUUUAUUCAUUCAUUUUUUCAGUUAUCGUCGUUUUCUCUCCCGGUUCGGAAUAUAUCCCUACUUGUGUUAAACAUACUCCGGUGUACUUUAAAAUCGAGCAACUCUUUCGCGUUGAAUGUAAAGACGUCGUGUUUUAUACGUUAAGCGGACAUUCCCGUCUCUGUACACGAGAUGGUACGCGACGCCUGGGAAGGGUUUCGUUGCGCCUUGCAUUCGUAAAGAUCCGAACGAUUGACGCAUUACAAGUACACGCGUACCAAUACACCUCCGCGGAUGCUCCGGGGGAGUUAAAGCGGAAGUCUUUGAAUGUCGAGAAGCACGUAGGUGCGGGCGUGACUUUUUCACCCGCUCUACGUCUCCUCCAC